AUGAUAUCCAGUCCACAGCCUCAACACCAGCGACCACGGCUGCCUGGGUCUGUCUCCGGUGGCAGCACCGGCAACGGCGCAAGCAACGGCAGUUCAGGGACUCUGACUGGUCUGGGCAGUAUGUCUUCUAUACCAUCGGCAGUCGGCAAUGGCCCCGUUCCAUUCUAUAAUAUUCACCAGCCCUCUGCCCGGUCGCCUCUCAGCCAAGAGACGACUCCUUUCGGACUCUUUCGCCACAAGAAUCUUUCCACAUCCGCACUGCCGUCCACACAAAGCCCGUCGUCGGCCUCGUCUUCGAAUCUUGUAUUAGCACCUGUCACCACGGCUUCCACCAUGUCUUUCUCGCCCAAUUCUUCAUACACCAACCUUAUCGACACCAACAACUCGGGACCAAAGAGCGUUGACCCGACAUCACGUCCGACUGCGAAUUAUUCGCCUUCGACACCAGUCUUGCCACCACUUCCGCCGCUCGCCAAAUUGAACACUGCCUCCAGUCCAAAGACCAGCGGGCGGCCGCUUUCUUUUCAGUAUGUAACCCAAUACUACGCAUGGUGGGACUACAUCGCACGCGACCACGACGAGCUAUCCUUCAAAAAGGGCGACAUUUUACUAGUCAUUCGGGAGUUUGACGACCUGUGGUGCUUGGGCUCGGUCAUGCGGCCCGAUAAGAGGACAAGCGCGCGCCAUGGCUUCUUCCCAUUGCAGUAUUGUUCGUUGGAGAGUCAGUGCUAUAUUCCAUCGGCAAAAGUCACUGCGCGUUCAGGAGCUAUUCCAGGAACCGAGUCCGGUGGUCGAUUGAGUAUCGUGCACCCCUACAUCGCCACUGCCCAGGAUGAGCUAACACUUCGACCAGGGAACCAAGUGCGGCUGAUACAUGUUUUCGAAGAUGGAUGGAUUCUGGGCGAGCAAAUCGAUCAUGCGGGGGCUGUGUUGGCUGUCGGUGUCUUUCCGGCGGCAGUCGCGAGGCCUGUCACGGCCUCGAUCUUGGAAUCUGUAUCCGCAGGAGCUGGAACGCUUGCAGGAGCUGCCGCAAUGUCAUCACCGUCAAAGCAGAGACAUGUCGGGUCCCCACUCGUACCGCCACAGGACAUCGGACUAACCAAAGCGCCGCGACAACGGGAAGAAAGCAACAGUAGCAACGCGAGCACAUUCAAUACCCUGUACAGUCAACAAAACUCGAGCACGCACAUGCUACAGUACUCUGUGAACAAUGGGAGUGUUGGCAGUUCCAACAGUUCAGCCUCCACUAUCAAACUUCCAGGAUCACCUACCUCAUCACCGUUUAUUCCUGGGCAACAGAAUCAUCGAGCGUCGCCGCCAAUCAUACCAGUAAGGUCGCCCCUCCCGGGCGUGGAGACGUUACGUGCAGGAACACAAUCCAAUCGGGCUAGCGUCCAAUCCACGGCUAGUUCAAACGAUGGCAAGCGGGGCGGAAACAGCACUGGUGCAGCCAUUGUUACAGAGGAGCAAGUCAUUCGGGCAUUGCAGGAGCGACCGGCGCAGGAUGCAGUCCUUCAGCUUUAUUUGGCCCAGCGCGGCGACCCCAACAUUGUGGACGCAAACGGAAACUCUCUGCUGCAUCUAGCCAUUAUCGCGCACUCUCAGGCCAGUCUCGUCUUCCUCCUAAACGCGCCUGAUAUUCGACUCGAGCAUGGAUCGCCAAUAAGUCCGCUCUAUACGGCCGUUCGUUUCCGCUCAUGGAAGGCAGCGCAACAACUUUUGAUUCAAGGAGCAGACCCCAACGUGCAUGACGAACGAGGUGUCUCUGUCCUCCAUGUUGUUUUACUCUUUAUGACGAAAGGAGACACACUGGCGGAGGAAGUUGUCCACCUAUUGUGCGAGAACAAGGCGGAUGUCAACUGCACCGCCAACGACAAGAAAAUUAUUCCUCUGCUGAUUGCAGUAGAGCGCGAGCUCUGGGCUGAGGUGGAGAUUCUAAUGGCGUAUGGAGCGAAUCCGUAUCUGAUCUGGGGCCGAGAUAGGCGCCAGAGCAUCGGGCUAGGACAAGGAGAUGGCGCGAUUUCAAACGGAAUACUGACUACGGGAUACUUCAAUGAUCCAUUGUGGGAAGCCGUGAACGACGACAAGGUCCAUCUUGUGAGACUUUUGCUCAAGUUUUUCUACGCUCCCACCAGCUUCGCACCAGCGGCAACAUCUUCCUCGCCCUCACCGUCACCCUCAUCAACACAGUCUUCCCAGUCGUUUUUUGGGCCUCAGCACUCUUUCUUGCAUCACUCCUCCGCCUCAUCGUACACGACCAACAAUGGCAGUAGCGGCAAUGUCAACAUUCCGAAUUUGCCCCAUGGAGGAUCUAUCCCGAUGCCAUUCGCAGGAAACGGGGUUGGGGGCCACGGAACACCGCCAUCAAUGCCUUCACCAUCCUCUGCACAGUCCUCUCCAGGAUCAGCGGUCCUUGCAGGCUAUAUGAGCCAUCGCACCAACGCUGCCGAUAGCGUGGGGUCUCCCAAGCUGACGGCGAUUCAGGGCGGAAGCGGCCAUGUCGGCUCGUUUACGAACGCGAGCGCCAACGCCAACAUGGGCGCGAAUCCAGCGUACGUGAUUACGCCCAAGGUGUUGCUUCAAGCACUGACCCUCGCCAAAGAUCUGGGGCACCACGAUUGCCUGCAGGUUCUUUCCCGGCCGGAGGUGACAAUGAAGGAAGGGACGCUCUAUGGAACAGGCAGCUACGGAUACAAUCAGCUCCAAGGUUUCGGCCAUGGUGGAUCUAACUAUGGUGGACAUGGGCACGGUGCAAAUGGAGGAGCAGGCGGUGGUCAUGGUGGUGGCAAAGAGCACCGCAACCUGAUUCAGAAGUUGACGAGUCUCUUCAAGUGA